UUGAAUCGUUUGUUAGCAUAUUUUUGCAACAAAACAUGAAAUCUAACCUACGAAAAGUGCUGUUGAUAAACAUAAUCGAUGUAAAAUUAUAAUUUACGCCAUGGAAAGCAUAUACGAUCCAAAAACGUUUAAAACAUCGGAUCAUUUGGCACUGGAUGAUUAUUUUAAAUCAUAUGGGGAAAUCUGUCAUUUUGCUGAACCUAUCCCUAGAUAUAAUUGCAUAUUUCUUGAAAAUGAUGAUGAAUACCUAGAAAGAAUCCAACAUGAAAUGAAUAUAGACAUUUCUAGAGAGGAAUUAAGGAUAUUAGCAGCAAACUGCAGUUUAAGUACGCUUACCUUGAGCGAUGAACCGAAGAAUGUGAUAAGGGAAGUUCCAGAUAAUUUGCAUACGAGAAGUAAACUUGACAAUGUAUACCCGACAAAUAACAGUGCGAGGCAGUUGAAUGUUAUAAUGUGUUUAGGAGUGUUAGAAAACAAGUAUGAUCUAACUACCGAUUUUAAAUUUGGAAACAAAAGAUUUAUAAAAACAACGACAGUGUCUUCAAACCAAUCAGUCUCAUGCAAUAUUAUGCCAGGCACCAAUUUCAUUUAUUCGAUUAUAGUAUACAAGCCAUACUCUAUAAAUUAUUCACAAAGGAAUUCCGGAGGUAAAUUACGAUUCGCCUUCGAAAUAGAAGCACUAGGUACGAACACACUGGCAGAAGUCGCAGAUAAAAUUUAUUGUAUUUUCAACACGGGACUUUUCAGAGAAGUUGAAAAUACCAAAGUAGAUCUCAAACCUCUCAUGAACGCCAAGGCACAUUAUCCGUCUCAGUGUAUUUAUAUCGAUGGAGUGUUGUAUAAUGAUUUUCGUUCCCCGAAAGCCAUUGACUGCUCGGCGAAAAUUAUCGAGUGGGCCAAUGAUAAGAAUAUUGGGAAGUUCAAGUCGGAACUGAUGGAAAAGACGGCACUCAACUCUUUAAAGCCGAGACUAGGUUAUCCCUACGUUUAUAUGCACCAAGGCAAUUGCGAGCAUCUCUUUACCUUUUCCGACGCCAGGCUGUUGCAACCCGGCGACUGCCUCAACUCCAGGAAGUACCCUAGGGUCACGUCGACAAAUCGUGUGAGCAACAUCCUCUGCUUCAUAUGCAACGUGAUGAAUGCGCAGUGGAUAGUCUUGGAGUGUGCGAAACUCCCGCACGAGAAAGUGUAUCUGUGUACGGAAUGUUGCAACUCGUAUCUGUUUGUGGAUGGAAAGAAAGUGACUGAGUUCAGGUUGUAUCCGUACUACGAUCAGGAGAUGCUGACCAAGCAUCUGAGUGGUGUCGUCGUCGAGUAGUUUUCUGUUACACGUUUUAAUAAAUGACUUUUCUUAG